AUGCCCGUUUGGCAUGUCGAAGACGUAAUAGAAGAUGAUGAUCCGACUUGUCCUUUACCACACACAGCUUUGAUGUUCAAGGGUGGGUAUAAAGCUAGUGAAUGGGGCCAUUAUUUUACAAUCUUUGAGCUUCGGGCGCUAGUGGAAUUCCUCUUAAUACACUCUUUAGACGAGAAUACCAAAAGUUUCCCUGGUCAUCGAACGCACCCAAGUUCUACUCGUAUCAUUAAUGGGACACAAUCACGGGCGAAUCUCUCAGGCGUUCUACGAUGGAGAAUGUUUGAACCUGCAAUUCACACAGCUGAUGAGCUUUGA